GCCAUGUGUUGGACAUUUGCGAAAGGACCCAUUUAAAGAGUGAUUAAAUUUGUUGUUAAUACUAGGAAAACGCUUAAAAUGGCUUGGUGCAGUUCUGGGCGCGAGAGAAGGCGUGCCUCGGUAGCGUCUCGCUGCAGAAUGACAGUUUCUUGAAAACGCCUCGGCAGGUCGCAGGGUCCGCUUCACAUUGCUGUUACAAUUGCAGCGAAGGCGUGUGAGCAUCCCGUGUCCGGAGAAACGGUGGCGGUGCCAGACCCGCCUCCAAGCCGUCCCGGGGCCUCCCCCGGGGCAUGAACGGAGAAGGCACAACCAUGGAUAACUACCGGGGAUCCAUGCACACGUGGAACCCACCGGUGGUGAUCAAGCAGGAACCAGAGUAUGACCCGUACGGAGACACAGCACAGAGUCAUCACAAUCAUCAUCCACAGCAGCACCAGUUGCAGCAUCCGCACCAACAGCAGAACUCUUCGUCACAGCAUCAUCAGUCAGGCUCUGAAUUCGUAAGGUCAUCGUACUUUCAGCAGCAGUCCCAAUACAUGAUGACUCCGGAGAAUGGCUGCCACUAUCGCAUGGCCGAGGUGGGCCAGCCAGAGGAUGAGGAAGACAGCCCUGGCACACCCAAAAAGCGUGGCCGCAAGAAGAAAAUCAAGGUGGAAGACCAGGAGCAGGCCUUGGGUCUUGAGCCGGGGCAGCCAGUUCCUGUGAUCCGGAAACGUGGUCGGCCACGGAAAUAUCCUAUCGCUGAAGGGCUUGACAGCAUGGAUGAUUCCCGCCGCCCUCUGAAGCAGGAAAAGAUAACAGAUUCGUUCAAGCAGAGAAAGCGCAUUGACCGCUUCGAGGGCAUGCCCGAGGAAGAAGUUGCCAAGCGGACCUUGCCCGACCAUUUGGUGCCCAACCUGGACAUUGUCAUCAUUGGCAUCAACCCUGGCCUUUUUGCUGCUUUCAAAGGUCACCACUAUGCUGGUCCUGGGAACCAUUUUUGGCGCUGCCUGUUCUUGGCUGGCCUCAUUCCCGAGCCCAUGACGGCUGUGGAUGACUUCAAACUUAUCCAGUAUGGCAUUGGCUUCACCAACAUUGUGGCUCGCACAACACGAAGCAGUGCUGAUUUAUCCAGGAAAGAGAUCAAGGAAGGUGCGGAGAUACUCCUGGACAAGCUAAAAAUAUUCCAGCCCCGCAUAGCAGUCUUUAAUGGGAAAGGAAUCUAUGAAAUUUUUUCUGGAAACAAGAACUUUGUGUUUGGGCGACAGCCAGAGCCAAUUGAAGGGACCAAUGUGUCGGUGUUCGUGAUGCCAUCUUCAAGUGCUCGGUGUGCUCAGCUGCCCAGAGCAGUGGACAAGCUUCCAUUCUAUGUGGCACUGAAGAAGUUGCGCGACCACCUGCGAGGGCACCUACCCAUGCUGCACCCAUCCGAGGUUACGUUCCCGGACGUUAAACUCAAGGUGGAGACAAAGGAAGAGCCAUGCGAUGAUGAAGAUGCAGCCACAAAUGAAUCUGACCCUUUUUCUACCGAGGGCACAGAUGACGGGAGCUCGGGAUAUGAUGGCAACAACACGUCUCACAUGCAGGUUAAGGAGGAGCCUGGGGACCACAUGAUUCCUGGAAGCUACCCACCCGAACAGCCUAGAAAGCGGGGCCGUAAGAAAAAAACCAUCGAGACUGCAGCCCAUGCACCAUCUGACUACAGCCCUGCAGCUAUUGGGAUGCACCCCCCACAGCCCCCAAUGCAACACCAGCGCCUCCAGCCAGUGCACCACCUGUCCAAUAACCACAUGGCACCACAGCAGCAGCAGCAGCAGCAGCAGCAGCAGCAGCAGCAGCAGCAGCAGCAGCAGCAGCAGCAGCAGCAGCAGCCAAUACACCUUCAUUCCCAACAGCAGCAGCACCAGGUCGGCCCCUCAGAUGAACAGCAGCAGAUGGACUACCACAGCACUACGGGUGGCUACUACAAUGCUCAGUACAAUCAGCAACGGCUGGUCCAGCCACCACCACAGUUCUACCAGGACGGCUUCCCAGACGUUCACCCACCCCCACAGCAUGGCACCCAGUCGUAUUGCCAGUGGAGCGGCGGGGCACAGCAGCCCUUGGAGUACGCGUGUGAGCAGCCAGCCGAGCCAAGCCCACCAGGGUCCAACUGGGCAUACCCAUCAACCUAUUCGGAGGACCUCUGCCGUGCUGCCGAGUUCCCGUCCUGGCUCAAGCAGGAGCCACUGGACUCCUGCGAGACUGGGGGCGGUUACUGCUGAAAGCUGUUCACUCAGAAAGCAGCCAAGUCUGGGAGGAGUGACAACCACUACGAGUGCAGUGUGUCAUCCUUGUGUGUUCAUCUCGUACCUGCAUUUGAUGAGUCCUGUGCAGCCCAGAGACACGAGUCAAGCAGCUUCUGGUUUGAAUAAUGUGCACCUUCACUGUAGAGCUCUGCCACAUGAGAGCAUAAUCACUCAGAGCAGGUUGUGACAUCACCCUCAACAUUUCUACAAGCCAAUAUGUGCCAGAUGUCCGUGGUGGCGGACCUGCAUUUGGGAGAAGACUUAGUGCCAAGGUUGCUUGUGGGAAACAAAUCAUGUCAUGGUAGCAAGGAGGAGAAGGAACACAGCUUUGUCUUUCAGAUAAUCUGAACAAAUUAAGGCCUCCAAACGAUUCUUAGCAGCGUGGUUGGCAUAAACGCAAUGCAAUCUAUUUUUGGUCACUCUAGCCAAAAUGUCCAAGUCAUGGUGAAAAAGCUUGGCUGCAAUCACUGUCAUUGGGUUUCAACAGUGUUACGUAUGCAUCACUUGUUAAGGUAACACUGGUUUAAACAAAAUGUGGUUUUGUGUGGACCCAAUGAAUCAAGUCACCUUGCAAGAGUUUUAUGUUACAAUGGGGGGUAAACUGUUUGUGCAUUACCAACCAGGUAUGGCAAGCUGACAAUCUAUGAUAGCAUUUCAUACAUCAGCCACACAUUGUUGUCGCAGAUUUCUUGAGGGUAUUAUGAUUGAAUCAUAAAUCCACCUGCUUGUUCUGAGAAGUAUGUUGAGCAAAUUCUCGUGUUUCCUAAAAACUUUUGGAGUAUAAUAGCGUUACCGCAGUUGAAAAAAAAAAAAAAAAGAACAGAAUACUAAACUUUUUUUUACAUCAGAAAUGAAUGAUAAGGAAUUCAUGCAGGCGCACAAAUUUUCAUUCUGAUGACUGCCAUGUCAGCAAAGCUGAGAAUGUAAUCAUGAAAGUUAACAGAAAGGUUGAAAGUUGGAAUAUUCGAAUGGCCAAUGUGUAGAAGGCAGAAGGUACCUCUCAGAAACGGCUGCUUUCUUCUUUUCUUUUUCUUAGCUCACUUUUAUUGUAGUAUACAAAUGUGGCUAACAUGUAAUACUCCAUGCUGGUGAUGGAGGCCAUACCAUGAGGUCACCAUUGUAGAAUAAAAGGAAGACAAAAAUGAUCUGCAUUCUUUUUUUUUUUUCUGCUGUUGUGGUCUACCAAAAGGCAUGACUGAAGGUUAAUUGAUGUACUGCAAAGGUGAACACAGACUGACAUUGACGAAAAAACAAGAAAGGAGCAGGUACCUCACACCUGUCUUUAUUUUUUGUCAGUGUCUGUUCAUCUCUGCAGUGCAUCAAUACACCUUCAAUCAUGUCGUGCCAAAAAGCCCCAAUCGAAGCACCUUUAAACCAAAAGGUAGUUCCAGAAAAGCUGUCUACAAAAGCAGCUGCUGGUUGUCGUUAAUGUAAGUCUUUCCAGUAUUCUUGUGACCUCGUGGCUGCAUUGGUCAAGUUCUUAUGUUCUGCUGUACAAUGUCAGUGUAGUUGUAAGGCAAAUAUUACAUGUGCAAAGGCCACAUAUUUAUUGAACACAUUUGUAGACACUGCCUGCAUGUCACCUGUCAAUGAACUGUACAUUUCUGAUGUUAUAAAUAAUGUAUAUGUAUUGGUCUGAGUUUACCAUAUGACUUCGAAAUUCAUACUUGUAUUGCAUGUUUUGCUCUGCUGUUGGAAAUUCCAAGAAAACUGAUAGACCCACAAAUAAAGCAAGGAUGUAGUCUCGAUGAGAAAGUAUCAUUUCACACACAACCUCUGCUUUUGGCACUUGAUCUUAACAAAAAUAACCAAACACUUGCAUACACAAUCUGGCGCAAUAAAGGAAUGUAGCAGACUGAUGUGCAGGAAUGGUGAUGCCUACGAGCAUGUGUGCUAAAAUGUGAACUGCAGGCACAUCUUUAAUUUUAGGUUCCCUUUGUGCUGUGUUACAUUUACAAUGGUCCUUGAACUGUUGGGCAUCUCCCAAAUGAGGUAAUGCACCCCAAUUACAGUAUGGCACACACAGCUGGCUGAGGCAGUAACGACAGUGUGUUAUACCAAGGCGCUUAGCUUUUGGCACCAUUGUGCAAUUUAAAGACUGAUAUAGUUUAGGUGUGUUCCUCUAACUUGUUUUAUGAGUGUACAGAUGCAUUUAUUAUUGUCAUAGGAUGAAAAUGUAGUCUGAAAUCUUGCAUGAAAACUCAUGUGAGUUCCUUUUGCUUCUUUGUUUUAUAGAUUGCUUUACUGCGACUGUCGCAUUUUAUUUUUUUUCCCUCCUCACAUCACUUAUGUGUCCUGUUAAGGCCCUAGUGGAAAAGCGCAAUUGAUCAUUUCAAUUUUUAGUUCCAUUAAUGAAGCGCUAAGAUCUUGUGCGUGAGCACGUUUGUGUCUUCAAAUAUUUGUAUUCUAGUGUGUAAAAUACAGGGGGAAAUGCUAAGGUGAUACAAGAGCAUUUCCAAGUGUAUAAAUGUGGUGCAUAAAUCUGGUUGCAUCCACAACAUAAGUUGAGCUUAGCCUUUAUAUUGUGCUUACAUAUGAUUAUGAAACUGGCAGAUGUUGCUUGUAACUAUUGUGCUAAACCCAAAGCACAAGUGUGCAUGUAUUCUCAAUCCAGUUGCUUAUAAUUGGUGCUAAAUGGCUUCAGAAGAACUCUGUGUGGUUCGAAGUUGUUUUAAUACAGUGGGGGGGGGGGGGGGGGGGACUUUGUAAUCCUGCCUGUCUGCAGCUGGUCUGAAAUUGUGUUUUGACCUUAUUAGAGCGUUCCUCACCAACUUUGGGCAUUGCAGUGUGUCCGCAAGAUGUUACCCCUGUGUCGGCAGUGGUUCACACGGCAGCCCUUAUUCCAAGAGCAGCCAAUGUGUAUAUGUUUGAAAACAGUAUGGUAUGUUUGAGAUGAGAUAGCUGAAUUUCUUAAGACAAUCUUAUUUUCCUAAUUUGUUUAGCUUAACAUUGUUACACGUAAAUCAGGUACAAAGCUGUUUACAGGAUAUGUUAAGAACAACACCUCGUGUUUGGUGCAGCAUAGCCUUAGCCGCUUUUGCGCCAUUAAACCCCAUUUAACUAACUAAUAUGUUAACACUUCUAUAUCAGUAGUAAAGGAAGUAUACCAUAGGGCUUUAUGUGUAAGUGAUGACUUAAGACAAGAGAGGCUAUGGACUUUGAGAGACAAAAAAAUGCCAAUCAGGUUAUACAUCAUACAUGCAUAUGUCUCAUAACAAUUUAAAAAAAAGCUUUUAAAAUUUACUCCUGGCUCAUCGUCUCAUAUCUAACAAGGGAUCACAUUUCGUGCCCUAUUUUGUUUUGUAACACACGGUGUCUUCACAACUCAAUUGUUCAUCCACUAGAAUUGGAAAACAUCUGUUCUCUGUGAACGUAGCACUUCGAAAACAGAGUUGCUUCAGCCAAGUGAAGUGCCGCCUGUUUUGUCUUCUUGCAGCACUGGAGGAAAGUCAGUGCACAGACCUACUUUGUGUGCCCCUGAUCAAUAGGGGUGACACUGAAUAGAUGACAGAAUUUGACAUUUGGAAACACUAAUAAAAAGGUGGUAAGGUCAAGAUUGACACAAUGAAUAUGCAAGUCACAACGCAGUCUCAAAAGUGUGGCAAGGAGAGCUGUGCAGUGCAGGAUUACGGUGCAGUUCAUAUUUGCAUAGGCACCUGUAAAUAUUAUAGUGUAAAGUUUUUAGCCGCUUGGAAUCCGAGAGUCUUUCCGAAGCACAGAAAUAUUAGGACACAUAAUGGUUCGAAGGUGUUCAGUUAUUGUGUAAAGCAGAGCACUGUGGGUGGCAGGGCCUCGCUCAACAUGGCAACUGAAUGUGUUGUUCUGGCACAUCUGCUUGAUUUUGAAGUUUUUUAUUUAUUUGUGUGAAAAAUGACCUUGCACAAAUCUCGGUUAUGUGUCAGAAAUUUCGCCAUUAAGUAUUUCAUGUAGCAGUUUAUUUUUGGAUUUGUACAAUUGUUUGCUGACUAAAAAGUUGGUUAAAAAUGUUAAAAAAAUUUAAAGCCAGUUCCACGCUUGUGAAAUCUGAGGAAACGACGGAGCUGUGGUCCUCCUAUGUUUCCCUUGUGAUUAUCUUUUGUGUACCUGUUCUUUUCUUGUGAUUAUCUCUUCUUUUCAUGUGAUAAUCUAUUCUUUUCUUAUGAUUAUCUAUUCUGUUAUUGAGUAAUUAUUGGUUUUGUUUGAUUAUCCUCUCAAUUUAUUGCUAAUGUUUAUUACUCCAAUCUUCUCAUUUAUCAUCUGUAUCGUUGCGUUGAGCUAGGAUAUGCGGUUCAUGUUUCUUAGGGAAAUGCAGGAAAACCCCGAUGCUUUGACGAGCGUGCGCUGACGUUCUAGCCGUUCGGUGUCCGCUGUUUCCGAAGUGGGUACAGGCAGAAUUCACCAGCAUGUGCACUGGGACCUCCUAACCGUUGGCGUCCAUGGCGCAAAAGGGCGUCUCUAUGGUCGUCUGAUGGGCGUGCUCUCUCUUAUAUACUCCUAUCCUCUCCCCUGUUGGCCCAGCGGGGAACCUUCGCCUGGCGUGACAUAGGCAUGCUGACAACCGCACUCAACGGACAUUGCGAGUCCCUAAACAGCUUUGCUGUUAAUAUUCUUUACCAUAUAGCUAGCCAGUACUUGAAUUAGUACUUCUGCAAGAUUAUAUUCAACAGCAUGCUAUCACUUUCGAUUUUAGACAGUAUAAAUUUCGAACAAGCUUAUCAUAAGUAUUUUGAUAAGUUUUAUCACUUAAUGCAAGUUCAUGAUGCACCAUGCAUAAAACAAGGUGCAAUGGUGUAACUGAUCAUGCUGGAAAAACAGGAAAUAUGAGAUGCUGGGCGCACUGUCAUGCAUCUGUUUGUGUGUCCAGUGUCCCUGUUGUAUUUCUAGUACACAAUGCACACCUGUGAGUUAUAGAAUGUAUUUAUGGGCCAAGGUUAUCCUGGAAACCAACGAUGCAAAAAAGAAAGAAAGCUAUUGGUGGAACUCUGCCAUUUAGUUUAAAGCUUUGCUCUUCCAUACAUUGUUAACCUACAAGUGCAUCAUUUUACACAGCUGCAGUUAACAUGUUUUGCUUUAUGCUAAUGUGCACUACCAUGUUGGCAUAAUGUAAAUACAGUUGCCUUUCAUGUUCAGGGUUGAACAUUGCUUUGCUGCAUUUGUCACACAUUUUUGUCUCUUCUACAACUGUAAAAUUUACUUCUCAGCAUUUCAUUUAGCCCACUUUUCAAGCACAUUCAACAUCUUCCAGUUGCACUGACACAAACGCUUACUGGCAUAGCCUCAGUUGUGUGUGAGGCUAGCAUUGCUUUGAAUGCAUCCUGCAAGACUGCUUUGGGCUACAAAACCUACAUGCGCUGCACUGUUAUUUGCAUCUGCAGCUGUCAUGUGCUCUGCUUUUCUGUGCGGGGGGUGUGUUUGGUAAAUUCUGAGCUUGGGAGCUGCUUCUUGUUCUGCAUUAAUCUCUUUGACUGUCCAUUUAUUUAUUUGCCUAGGAGGACACCAAUCUCCUCAGAGCUAUACACAAGGCUCUGAUUAGAUAAAAAUGCAGCUGUUCAUCUCACUUUAAGGUUAGAAAGCAAGUUGUAAUGUUUUCACAGAAGUGGGCUACAUGUGUUUUGAUCUUGCUCUUUGUGAUGGGCACCCCAUCAUUGGAUGCAUUAUUCACCAUGAGAUGAUUGCUUGAGCACAGGAGCUUCAAUUUCAUUCCAAUGAGCAUGGGAGGAAAGCCAGCCAGCCACACUGAUGCAAGAUGUGCUGUGCUCUUCUGAUUAUGUGCCAAGCUUUACCUGAAUCUCCACCCUGAAACAGCGUACUGCUCAAAAUGCGGGUUUUUGCCUAAAUGACACUGCAUGCAGAAUAUAGUACAUUUUCUUUCUUCCAAUGGUGUUGGAGGUAGAUCAUGUGCAAACAAAUGCUGUGUUUUCUGGGAGACACAGAAAAGCCUUAGGUGCAGCCAGUUGCAGAAGAAAUAAAGACUGCUUCCACUGCACAUUUUGCUUCACCACUGGUGAUCAAUGAUGAACCUGCAUUGCUUGUUGUAGAAGCCUGUCUUUUUGAAAAUAGUGGCACUGCACAAGAUCUUAAGCUGAGCUAUGUAAUCUACGUAAGCUGAGCUGAGCUGAGCUAUAUAGACUCAAAGAAAAGUUUACACCCUUUGGAGUGUAUAUUUGCCACACAGCAAUAAUCCCCACCUGCCUUGCCCGCAUUUCCUUCCUUGAAAACGCUGCACUCGUUACUUUCCUCUCAGGAAUGCUAAGUCAUGCUGAUAACGCACAUGCCGUUCGUUAAAGAAAGGAAAUGCAGACAAGACAGAUGACGAUUAUUGUUGUGUGGCAAAUAUACACCCCAAAGGGUGCAACUGUUUUUAGAGUGUAAGAGCUUCACACCCUGAUAAGCUGUUUUCCAUCACACAGUCAGUCAGUGCUUUUGAUCACGUGAUCUGCUGCAUCCCUGCCAGUCACCCAGUCCUUUUCUGUAGAAAAUCAGCCCAGCAUGCCACACUGACUUGCAGCAUGAAUUAUGCAUGGUUUCUCAGUACAAAGAAGCAUAAAAACUUUAGCACAGGCACGACCAUUUUACUAGUGAUACCAUGGAGCUCUUGUACCUCUAUAUAAAAAGCUCACUAGUGUGAAGCAACGUGCUGGCUUGUCUUUUACACUGUGCACCUAUACAAAAGAGAACAUGCCCUUUAAAGCUAGUACUUUUCCUUCAUGUUUAAAAACACAAGAGCUAUGUAGAGCGUGGCAGCAAGUGACUUUGUGACUUGUAAAAUCACUGUCUGGACACAGAAUAAGGGUUCCCUUUAAUUCAGGCACAUGUGAGCAUACCAAGAAGCGCAUGGACAGGAGGCUCAAAGUACUUGCUUGUGAUGUGGCAGAUGAAUAAAUCUUCAUGAAAUAAAACAAACCAGUAGCAGAAGCAAUAGUGCCCUGCCCAUUAUUGCAUGGUGACCCAUCCAUCCUUCAAGUGACUGACAAAAUGUAAGGGUGCUGUCAUUGCCUGCAUGCAGGUCUUUUCAUGGCAUGGGGGCAACUGAAGAGACAAGUGCUGGUGCUGACAUAAACCAUAUUUGUAUUCACUCACACUGGUGCAAAUUGAACAGCGUUUUCUGUGUUUCGAGCAGUGAGCUUGACGUGCAUUAAAAAUGACGUUCAUUUAUUGUUGAAUGCAUUUCCUGAACACUUUGCAAUUGGGCUUUGUCCAUAGAAAGCACGGCAUGUUGCAAGGUGGAGUGUUGACAUGGGUGCAUUGUUGCAGUUAUUAGCACUGCAUUGAUUUUCCCUGAUGGAAUGAAGGUGGACACUGGGUGGUGAUUGCGUAGUUUCUGCUUGUGAUGUCUAUCGAAUCAGCAAGACCUAAAAUAUAGAGAAAUUCACUUUUAUAAGACUGUAUAGUCUGCAACUGUACACUCCUGCACACCCGUUAUUGUUUCCUUUGGUGUCUACACACAUCAUUGCUCUAGCUUGUACAUAAAAAUAGCAUGCCUUCAUUGUUUCUUGGCUUUCUCCUACAUUAUACGGUAUGAUUUUGCAUGCUGUGUUGGGCAUGCUGGGCUUUCGUGUCUUGUUUUGUUACAAGAAUUGUUGAGAUCAUUGUGACUAUCAUCUCCCAUAACAAGAGAGACGGAAAGACUUGCAGCAGUAAUAUAUAAAUAUUAAUAUAUAAGCAUAACCACAGAUGCAAGACAGACUGAAUGGCACCAAGCAAGAUGACGUGAUGAGGAUGUGAACUGAGCUCACAAUUGAAGACAACUCAAGUAUGUCAUCAAUAUAUAUAUAUAUAUAUAUAUAUAUAUAUAUAUAUAUAUAUAUAUGUAAUUCUGACUGUAAUGUCAGAAUUACAAUACCCAAUGUACAAUGCCAAUGCUAGUUUUCUUUGUCUGUGCUGCAUUUUUUUGUACUUGUUACCUUUCCAGUACAUUUUCUUUCUAUUGUACAGACAAUGGACUGAUGACUUUUUCUAUUACUGCAGCUUGCUUUGCUAUUGUUGGUUUCAUGUUGAAGGGCUAUAUUUGUUUUCUUUGUAUGUGCUCUUCUUGUUUCAGUGCAGGCCAUUUGCCUAGCGGACUAUUAGACAUGGAUAUUUGUUUGUUUUGUGUGUGUGGAUGUGUGUAAGAAACACACAAAACAUUGAAUAAAAAGAAACAGCUAUUUUAAGCUCUUUGCAUAUUUCUGUCUCGCUGCACACUCCUUUAUAAUAUUUUGUUUUGUUGUCUUUAAUCAGCCAUAGUCCCUUUCAACCACAGAAGACUUCCGAGGCUGUGGAUAAUAUGAGGGGGGACCCAAAAGCAAUGGAAACCUUUUACUGAACCAAAGAGCAGCAAUAAUUGCCCGCGCUUCUAGGCAUGCAUACUGCGCUAUCAUCUUCAUCACUUGGUGAAGCAGUGUACUUGGGCAAAUUUUUGCAUGCUCACAGCAUUGCUUUAUUUCGAGGCUCAGCACCAAGGGCAAUGCAUAUCAAGCUCUAUUUUCUCUUCGGAGAUGCUUUGACAUCAAAGAGCCGAUUCAUUCUUAAAUUCGUGCUGCAAGACCAGACACUAUAGCUGCAUUUUCACGUUAAAAUGCUUAACUUAAGUGAUUGUGUGAUGCGAUGCAAUUAAAAGAAAAUGCUCACACCAGCAGAACUCGGGCGAUGAGCUUGUGCACCACACCAGCGCUGCCACCUGAGCUGUCGCUGAGCACAGCGCUUGUUGAAAAAAACUGGGUGACAACCUCGCCUCAUUCUCUAUGCUUCCCGGAUAUUGCACCUAUCUCCAAUACUGACAUGAGCACUUAAUGGAAAGUGUUUAAGGUGUGGAAGUGAUGAAGAAAACAAUGGAAGCACUGAACUGUUUUGAACAAUGGAUAAAGCGAUAAGACAAGUUCAUUGCAUUUUGUAGAGCGUCCUUUAAAGUUGAUUAAUGUUUUAGAAAUGUUUGAAAAUAAAAAACAAUUCUUGUUACUUUUCUGCUGCCCUCA